UACGAAAGAAGAAGUCUUGCUUGUCGUGAUGUUUUCUUUAACGGUUCAACCUUUUAGCAAGAAGCAAGUAUUCCUCAGAAAAUGAAGAAUAAAAAAGAUGAGUCAUUGGGUAUGUAGGCCUACACAAUGUGACGAAUUAUGUUGAUGCCAAAAAACGUUUACUGACGUGACUAUAUAGCAUCCCAAGCUAGGUAUGCCUUACACCAAUAAUUAACGUUAGCAUAUAAACUGACGGGCAAGACUGCCAAGUGAAGGCACCUGGAGUUUUUGCGUUUCUAUGUAAAAUAGACCCCGGUAUAAGGUUUGCUAUUUGUGGCGCUGAAAGACACCUACGUUCUGUGCGGGUCUACAGGUGUAUUACUUACUUUGUUGAUGUAAAUUAGAUGAGUUUUUUUUUGUCAAGAGAAAACACAACUGAAGCUCUUUCUGCAAUGAAUUGGGAGACCGAAUAAAGGUUGAGUCUAUAUGGUCCUCAACAUAUAUUUAAGUUCCGCCUUUCCGGCAGUUGCGUAAACAUUGACUUUGGGAACGCGAAGGAGGGGCUUACGUUGCAUUGUUUAUAUUUAUUGAUACGGAAUGGCAGAAGCUGCACCUGUCCCACCUGCUGUACCUGCCAAAGCUCCAAAGAGGAAGUCCACAGCAAAACCUAAAAAGUCCGGCCCGAGCGUGUCGGAUCUAAUUUUGCAAUCGGUUGCAACAUCAAAUGAGCGCAAAGGAGUUUCCCUCGCUGCCUUGAAGACAUCGUUGGCUGCAGGAGGCUAUGAUGUUGAAAAGAACAAUUCAAGAGUGAAACUCGCGUUGAAGUCCUUGGUGAAAAAAGGGGCGCUCGUGCAGACCAAAGGCACUGGCGCGUCUGGGUCAUUCAAACUGAACAAAAAGGCAGAAACCAAAAAGCCCUAAAAAAAAGUCACAGCUAAAGUCAAGAAGCCAAGUGCUAAGAAAGCUGUCUCAAAGGCACCUAAACCGAAAAAGGCGGCGAAGAAACCCGCUCUGAAGAAGUCUUCCAAGAAAGUCAAGAAGCCAGCACCUGCCAAAAAAACAGUGAAAAGUCCCCAAAAAGCCAAGAAAGUUGAAGUGAAGAAAGUUACUUAGAGUCCUAAGAAGGCCAAAGCAGUCAAGCCGAAAGCAGAAAAGGCAAAGAAAGCACCAGUAAAGAAGAAGUGAAGUAAAGAGUUGUAUCAGGAGUUAUAUCAUGUCUGGUGCGUUGACGCAUGGGUUUCUAUUUUUGUACAGUUAUUUAUGGGAUUUAUGCAGCAGUAAAACAUUACCACUGGACUGUUAUGAAAUGGCAUUUCAUUGCUAUUGUGAAUAGGCCUUUAUCCGUUAUUAUUGUUAUGUACAGUAGCUAGUGUAUUUAUCACUUAAGUAAUAGUUCUAAUGUCUCUGACUGGAAACAAAUUGAAUUUGGCAAAUUAUUUUUUCUUUAUUAAAAGGUCAGCAUGUGAA